AUGGAUGUAGCGGACGCGAGCGAGUCAGGGGGCGCAGACGUACCGGAGGAUGAGGCAUACCGCUCUUCGGUAUCACUGCGUUCCGACACAUCCCCCACAGCUCGACUGGCUCGUCGCGGUAACCCCUCUGCUCUGGGCGCAUACCGCUCUCCCGCGGUACCCGAUACCCCCUCCACGACUGCCUCCUUCUCCCCUUCCCGGUUCGAGGCCUCACCCACCCUCUCUCCGGGUGUCAGAGGUCUGUCUGUGACGCCUCGUAACAUCUUCCGACCCCGGAUUUCUGGCUCAGCAACUCCUACGGCCCAAGCCGGUCCGAGCCAAGCUCCUCUCAACGUCGACCGGAUGGAUGUGAUUGACAUGACGGACGAGGAAGACGACUGGGGCGGAGGAGCUGUGCUACAGUGGGACGGAGUGGACAUGACCGAAGACUCGGCUUCGUCCGUUGCUCCGGGCGAUGCGGGCCUGGAUACGGAUGCGAUGGAGGACGAGGAAGAGUGGGGGAGGGAAGCGUAUCUCGAGUACGACUGGAGUGGGGAUGAUCAUGGUGACCAGGAGCCUGGAGGAGGGAUAAGUGAUGAUGAUGAUAGCGAGGAUGAUGAGAUGCUGGGGGAGAGGGUUCUGAACUCUGAGCUCGACGAGGGGGAUGACGAAGAGGAAGAGGAAGUAGAAGAGAGUGAAGAGAUCGUCGAAAGUGGAGAUGCGUCACGCGGAGAAAGGGCAGGAUCAGAGACUCUGGAGGAGCUGAGUACGAGGGGGAUGCCCGACUAUGCUGCCUGGGAGCUGAAGAAGCUGCAGCGCAUGUGUGAAGGCUACGGCUACCGGCCCAGCAAAAAUCACAAGGCCCUCGAGAAGCUCGCGGUCGCAUGUUGGAAAGCCCUCAAUCCUGCACCGGUCCUCGACCCCGAGCCGGCCGCCACCCCGCCACCCGCGCCUGCCAACAAAGCAACGAAGGGCAAAGCACGCGCCAAGCCGCGCCAGGACUCGGUCUCUUCCGCGGAAGUUCUGCUGUCGACCAAGAAGCCCGCGCCGAAAACUAAGGCUAAGGCCAAGGGGAAAGGGAAAGCGGCCGAAGAGGAGGUCGAAGAGGUCAUCCCGAUUCAGAAGCGCUUCGCGGCGAUGAUCAAGGGGGACGGUGUGCUGUAUCUCCGGAUCUUGCAGUACGAGCCCAUCGCUUUCGACGAGCUCAUCAGCAAGUGCACCCACACCGGGAUCAAGGACAAGGGCUGGAAGAUCCAGCUGAAAAAGUUUUUGGAUUUCGAGGGCAUCACCUUCUAUACCGAAGAUCCGACCGGUGUACGCCGGAGUCGACACUAG